AUGCUUGCAUGCACUUGCAUUAGUGAGCUCAAAACAAGAGCUUCGUCUGGACGCCUGCCACCUUCUUCUGUCACACUCAGAGCUCCCCAGGGAACAGACCGAGGCAGUGUGUGUGUGUGUGUGUGUCACUCGUCCUCCUCUUCAUCGCAGUUCUCCUCUUCCUCCGACGAGGAACUCGACGACGACAUGCUGGACGUUAACCCGAGCCCAGGCUUUGACAGCAUGUCCCUGGGAAGCAUCGGCUCGUCGGUGCUGGACAGAGACUUCGACAUGCACUUCGAGUCCGGGGCUUCUCAUUUCGAGUUCCCCGACUACUGCACGCCGGAGGUGAGCGAGAUGAUUUCAGGGGACUGGCUGGAGUCCACCAUUUCUAACUUGGUGUUCACGGCUCACGUGCUGAACUAGGGAAAGUUGAGGAAAUACGCCUGAGGAAGAACACUGAGCAGAAGGGAUAACAGACAAGUGUUUGUUUGUAAAAUAAGCCACAGUGUGAAGGCUCCCGCCCGGCAACGCGCUGAAAAACAAAAGCU